UCCUCAGACCAGGAGCACAGACACAAAUAGAGUCUGUAGUAUCUCAGUCAGUCAGUCAGGACUUUAAUCUGAGUAACUCAGAGGAUCUGCUCCAACUCUGAAGACUAUUGUUUUGGGACAUGUAAUGCAGAAAACAUUUCAUUGCAGGAUUUCAACUACAGAGGUCUUUGCCUGUCUCUGUUCAGGCAUGACGGGUCAGGAGAGGAGUGAGGAGAAGAGUGAGUGUAUGUCCCUGUCUCCGAUGAUGGAGGCUGUCCCUGCCCCACCUGAGAGUGAGAGGGUGUGUGUGUUUGGGACGGGGGACCUGGGGCGCUCUCUGGGCCUGCGUCUGCUGCAGGCGGGGUACGGUGUGGUGUUCGGCAGCCGACGGCCCCACAGCAGCAGCAGCCUCCUACCCCACGGAGCACAGGUCCUGGGUCAUGCUGCAGCUUCCCAGUCAGCCCAUCUGAUCUUCAUCGCUGUCCAGAGAGAACACUACGACUUCCUGGUACCACUGGCCAAUCAGCUGAAGGGAAAGGUGUUGGUGGACCUCAGUAACAACCUGAGGAAGAAUCAGUACCCAGAGGCCAACGCAGAGUACCUGCAAAGUCUGGUUCCUGGAGCUGAGGUGGUUAAAGGCUUCAACACCCUGUCUGCCUGGAGUCUGCAGAAUGGACCUUCAGAUGCCAACAGACAGGUGUAUAUCUGCGGGGAAAGUGUGGAGGCCAAGCAGGCGGUGAUAGCGGUAGCCACCAAGCUGGGUUUCAGUGCCCUGGACCAGGGAUUUCUCUCAGUGGCCCGGGAGCUGGAGGACUUCCCCCUACGGCUGUUCCCCCAGUGGAGGCUCCCCCUGCGCAUCUCUAUUGGCCUCAGUGCUGCCUUCUUCUUCUACCUACUGGUCAGAUACGUCAUCUAUGCAUACGUCACCCAGGGCGAAGACAUCUCCUUCAGAAUCAUGGUCUCACUGGCCAACCAGGUGUGUCCCAUCGUGUCUCUGAUCAUGCUGUCUCUCUGUUACCUGCCUGGUGUCCUGGCUUCCUUCCUGCAGCUCUACAGAGGCACCAAGUACAGGCGCUUCCCUGAUUGGCUGGAUCGCUGGAUGCUGUGCAGGAAACAGCUGGGUCUACUGUCGUUGGGGUUCGCCUUUCUGCACGUGCUCUAUACACUGAUCAUACCCAUACGGUCAAAAGUAUUGAUUUUGUUCUCAGGUACUCUGAUGUUCUGGGUCACUGAACACACUGUCUCUCUGAUCAGAGAGAACAGGACCACAAUGUUUGAUACUACAACGGCCUGGCAUGACGACUCCUACUUGUCCCUGGGAAUUCUGGGAUUUGGCAUGUACGUCCUAUUGGGAAUCACAUCUCUUCCCUCCGUCAUUAACGCUCUCAGCUGGAGGGAGUUCAGCUUCGUACAGUCCAAGCUGGGUCACCUGACUCUGCUGUUGUGUACGGCGCACACCUACCUGUACGGCUGGAACAGAUUCCUGAGUUCCUCCACCUACAAGUGGUACACCCCACCGGGCUACAUGCUGUGUCUGGUACUUCCCUCUGUGGUGCUGCUACUCAAGCUGCUGCUCAUCACACCCUGUGUGGACCGAACCAUCACCCGCAUACGACAGGGCUGGGAGAGGGGGGCAGAUCAGAGGAACCCUAAAGACAGCCAACCACUGAUACCUUAGAGGACACACAUACAGACACACACAAAAUAACACCCUCAGUGUGAUGACAGCUUUGUCUGGUGAACGCACCAAUUUGUAAGUCGCUCUGGAUAAGAGCGUCUGCUAAAUGACUUAAAUGUAAUGUAAAUGUCGUUGAGGCAUGAACUCUAAUUUCUUUGCUAUUGUACCCUCAGAGGUUGGCUACCAUUCAAUCAUCGUUUGCCAUGUUUCUGGGAUCAAAAACCAACAAUAACAUUUCA